GCCCCCGCGCUCCGCCCGCCGGGCUCGUGCUCGCUAAAGGGGCGCGCCCUGCACCCUCCACUGCCGGCACCGCCCACUCCCCUCCCCGGGGCCGCUCCUCCCACCGUUCCGAGAGCCGGCGACUGCUGCGGCCGCGAGAGGCCCCUCCUUCACGCCCUCCUUUCCCUCGCUCGCUGCCGAGCCGAGCCGGCCGUCCGGCUGGGCCCCCGACUCUCCCCGGCCAUGGCCGGUAACGUGAAAAAGAGCUCUGGCGCCGGGGGCGGUGGCGGCUCCGGAGGCUCGGGCUCGGGCGGCCUGAUCGGGCUCAUGAAGGACGCCUUCCAGCCGCACCACCACCACCACCACCUCAGCCCCCACCCGCCGGGGACUGUGGACAAGAAGAUGGUGGAGAAGUGCUGGAAGCUCAUGGACAAGGUGGUGCGGUUGUGUCAGAACCCAAAGCUGGCGCUGAAGAAUAGCCCACCUUAUAUCUUAGACCUGUUGCCAGAUACCUACCAGCAUCUCCGUACUAUCUUGUCAAGAUAUGAGGGGAAGAUGGAGACACUUGGAGAAAAUGAAUAUUUUAGGGUGUUCAUGGAGAAUUUGAUGAAGAAAACUAAGCAGACCAUAAGCCUCUUCAAGGAGGGGAAAGAAAGAAUGUAUGAGGAGAAUUCUCAGCCUAGGCGAAACCUAACCAAACUGUCCCUGAUCUUCAGCCACAUGCUGGCAGAACUAAAAGGCAUCUUUCCAAGUGGACUUUUUCAAGGAGAUACAUUUCGGAUUACUAAAGCAGAUGCUGCAGAAUUUUGGAGAAAAGCUUUUGGGGAAAAGACAAUAGUCCCUUGGAAGAGCUUCCGACAGGCCCUACAUGAAGUGCAUCCCAUCAGUUCUGGGCUGGAGGCCAUGGCUCUGAAAUCCACUAUUGAUCUGACCUGCAAUGAUUAUAUUUCAGUUUUUGAAUUUGACAUCUUUACACGACUCUUUCAGCCCUGGUCCUCCUUGCUCAGAAAUUGGAACAGUCUUGCUGUAACUCAUCCUGGUUACAUGGCUUUCCUGACAUAUGAUGAAGUGAAAGCUCGGCUCCAGAAAUUCAUUCACAAACCUGGCAGUUACAUCUUCCGAUUAAGCUGUACUCGUCUGGGUCAGUGGGCUAUUGGGUAUGUUACUGCUGAUGGGAAUAUUCUCCAGACAAUCCCUCACAAUAAACCUCUCUUCCAAGCACUGAUUGAUGGCUUCAGGGAAGGCUUCUAUUUGUUUCCUGAUGGACGAAAUCAGAAUCCCGACCUGACGGGCUUAUGUGAACCAACUCCCCAAGAUCAUAUCAAAGUGACCCAGGAACAAUAUGAAUUAUACUGUGAGAUGGGCUCUACAUUCCAACUGUGUAAAAUAUGUGCUGAAAAUGAUAAAGAUGUAAAGAUUGAGCCCUGUGGACACCUCAUGUGCACAUCGUGUCUUACAUCGUGGCAGGAAUCAGAAGGUCAGGGCUGUCCAUUCUGCCGAUGUGAGAUCAAAGGUACUGAGCCCAUUGUGGUAGAUCCGUUUGAUCCUAGAGGAAGUGGCAGCCUAUUGAGGCAAGGAGCAGAAGGAGCUCCCUCCCCAAAUUAUGAUGAUGAUGAUGAUGAACGAGCUGAUGAUUCUCUGUUCAUGAUGAAGGAAUUGGCAGGUGCCAAGGUGGAACGUCCUCCUUCUCCAUUCUCUAUGGCUCCACAAGCUUCCCUUCCCCCAGUGCCACCACGACUUGACCUUCUGCAACAGCGAGUAUCUGUUCCUUCAAGUACUUCUGGUCUGGGAACUGCUUCUAAGACUGUUUCUGGCUCCCUUCACAAGGACAAACCGUUGCCAAUACCUCCCACACUUCGAGAUCUUCCCCCACCACCUCCUCCAGACCGGCCAUAUUCUGUUGGAGCAGAGGCCCGGCCUCAGAGACGCCCCCUGCCUUGUACACCAGGCGACUGUCCAUCCAGAGACAAACUGCCCCCUGUCCCCUCUAGCCGCCUUGGGGACUCAUGGCUGCCCCGACCAAUCCCCAAAGUACCAGUAGCUACUCCAAGCCCUAGUGACCCCUGGACAGGAAGAGAAUUAACCAACCGGCACUCACUUCCAUUUUCUUUGCCAUCACAAAUGGAGGCCAGAGCAGAUGGGCCUAGGCUUGGAAGCACAUUCAGUCUGGAUACCUCCAUGAGUAUGAAUAACAGCCCAUUAGCAGGUCCAGAGUGUGAACACCCCAAAAUCAAACCUUCCUCUUCUGCCAAUGCCAUUUAUUCUCUGGCUGCCAGACCUCUUCCUGUGCCAAAACUGCCACCUGGGGAGCAGGGUGAGAAUGAGGAGGACACAGAAUAUAUGACUCCCUCUUCUAGGCCAAUAGGGCUCCAAAAGCCAGAACCAAAACGGCCUUUGGAGGCAACCCAGAGUUCACGAGUAUGUGAUUGUGACCUGCAGAUUGAUAGCUGUACCUAUGAAGCAAUGUAUAAUAUUCAGUCCCAGGCGCCAUCUGUCACCGAGAACAGCACCUUUGGUGAAGGGAAUUUGUCUACAGCCCACACCAACACUGGCCCUGAGGAAUCAGAAAAUGAGGAUGAUGGAUAUGAUGUCCCUAAGCCACCUGUGCCAGUUGUGCUGGCCCGCCGAACUCUCUCAGACAUCUCUAAUGCCAGCUCCUCCUUUGGCUGGUUGUCUCUGGAUGGUGAUCCCUCAACAAACUUCACUGAGGGUUCCCAAGUUCCUGAGCGGCCCCCUAAACCAUUCCCUCGGAGAAUCAACUCUGAACGAAAAGCGGGUAGCUGUCAGCAAGGUGCCAGUGCUACCGCCACACCUCCUGCUGCCUCCUCACCUCAGCUCUCCAGUGAGAUUGAGAACCUCAUGAAUCAGGGUUACUCCUAUCAGGACAUUCAGAAAGCUUUGGUCAUUGCCCACAACAACAUUGAAAUGGCCAAAAACAUCCUCCGGGAAUUUGUUUCUAUUUCUUCCCCUGCCCAUGUGGCCACCUAGCACAUCCCUCCCUGCAGCGGCUUCAGAGGACCCACGAGCCAGGCUCUUACUUAAGGAGCACCUAGGAGGGCAGAGGCUCCUUUGGGGACUUCACAAUGAGGUCCUGCCCUCUCUGUAGGUAUCACACCUGUGGUUCCAAGAUUUCAAAGCAGUAGAAUGAAAGUGGAGCAGCUAGUGUGUUUUAUUAUUAUAUUGGUCUUGAGAGUGCAUUUGAAGGUGUCCUUCAGUCCCCACCAGGAGAGUGAGUGGAUUUUUAUUACAUGGUAGCCUACCUGGGGGAACAGUCCAGAAAGUAGUAGAACAGGUAUUGUGCUGUAAACCCUAACGGAGGACAUAAGACUUUUCUGGGUUAAGGAUGUGACUCUGUGUGUGUGUGUGUGUGUGUGUGUCUGUCUGUCUGUCUGUCUGUCUGUCUGUCUGUCUGUCUGUCUGUGGUUGUAUGUGCCCUGUGAUUAUGAUGAUCCUGCUGUGUGUGUUAAUUCCAGGUGGGGAAUUAGCACAAGAGAUUCAGGAAGGAAUCUUUUAAAGACUUCUAUCUACUGUGGUAUUACCCCCAACUCUAGUGUGUAUUACAACUUCAACACUCCACUUUGGCUUAGAUUAUCAUGUGCAUAGCUCAUAUUUUUAGAAUUCCCUUCCUCUGUUCUAUCCCCUUGCUCUGUUCUUUCCCCUAUCAGCUUCUUUCUCCUCCUCCUUGGUUUUCUGUCAUUGUCAGCAGGCUUGCUGUGGCCAGCCUUCCUGAGGCUAAGCAGCUUUUAUAGGAUGUUCCUUAUUACAUGUGAUGGUGUUUGGUAGAGAUAGUUGGGAGAGAGAGUACUGUUGCUACGUUGUUAUGGUUUUGUUUGACACUAGGAGCUAACACUGGUCACUCCAAAGCACUGUUUCUAUAGGAACAUUGAAUUUGUUAAAAUAAAAUGUUUGAACUAUCCUAAUUACAUAAUGACUAAUUGAGAUAGAGGCCUUCAAAUACAUUCCAUGUCCUCCCCAGAAAAUAGUCUGAGGGAGUCCGUUGCCUUGGUGCCAGGUGUGUGUCCUGGUAUAGGUCAUGAGUCUUUCUACUUAAUGGAAAGGGAAGAACAUUUGUUUCCAGGAUAAUUUUCUGGCCCUAAUACCACAAAGUUUUUAGAAAGCUUCAUUCACAUGCUAUUUAGAUGCACAAAAUAGAUAGUAAGGAUUUGGAUUUAUUUGUUCAGUUUUUCUUAAAGCUUAGGUGUCCAGUUGGGAGUCCUGUUCUUCAGUUCCUGUGGAUAGUGCUCUAUGGCCCCUUGAGUUCAGUUCUCUGUCCUGAGUCUUUUGCUGACUUCCCUAAUGGUGGUAUCCUUCCUCCAUGUCAUAAGCAAAGCUGCUCUUGGAUAAAUUACCUUCCUUGGGAUCUAAAUCUUGCUUUUGUCAUUAGGUUCAGACAAAAAUGGCUUGCCUUAAACCUGCUUUCUUUCCAUUCUUGGCAUCUUUGGAACUGAAACCUUUACUAACUCUUCUCUUGGUAUCCAGCUACUUCUAGAUCUUUUAUUUUUGUCCUCUUGUCCCUGAACUAUUUAUAUUUCUGGAGCAGAGCAAACUCUAGUACAGGACCUCAUAUUGAUUUGCUUAGCCCACCAGCAGAUGCAGGAGGCCCUACUCUGGGGUGGAGGGAGGCAGGGAAAGUGGGCACUGAGUGGCAAAGAGUAGUCUACCAUCCUCUUCUAAAAACUGACAACAUUCAUUUUGCAUUUUGUUUCAAUAUUGAAGGACUAGACAAAGAACUAGAAAAAAUAACAACAGUUUCCAGGCCUAUCCAUGGUGUAAUUCUUCUUUCUCUACAGAUAUUGUCCAUAGUCAAGAUCUGUCAAGAAAACCAAGCAGUCACUGCAUCUCUUUUGCCUGUCCAGUGUAUUCACAUCUUCUGUGGAGGUUAUUGCUCAUACUGGCUGGACUAAGGGUCAUUUCAUCCUUUAUUUUCCUGAGCACCUGUGUAGCUCUUCCAAGUCAGCCCUGAAAAGAGUGUCUAGGUUGCUGUGGAGCACAUACAUUGUUGACUGGCUUGGGUAGUUUUAGUUUGUCAGGUGUACAUCUGCAGGCCCUGAAGGCUUUGAACCAUUACAUGAGGACCUAUCCUUUGGAUGUUCUAAGGACAUAUGUGGGCUUGUGCCUGAAAUUGCCAGGUAAGCUUCAGGAAGGUUUUCACAUGGCUCUUGUUUUCAAGAUAGUCUCAAAACUUGAAUUUCUUACAUUUUCUUUUGAAUAAGGCACCAUUAACCAUUUCUUAUCCUCCAUUCAUAUGGUAAUUUUUAAUUGUUUGACACUUGCUCUGAAUUUAACUAAAAUUGCCCUUUCAGGCUUUUGAGUUUCCCCAUGUUCGCAAGAUCAUUCCUUUCCCUCUCCUAAUUACAUAUAGUCAAUAUGGUCAGGAGAUCCACUUUAAUGUUUUCCUUUUUAUCAAAUUAAUUAAACCAUUCUAUUCAACCUGUUUUCCUGUUUUCCCCACAUUUUCUGACUUGCUUUACAUAGCCUGCCUCAUUGCUGGGUCUUCCAAGUACUGUGACUAGACUUUUCCAGCUGCCUCUCCCCUGUUCCUUCUACUAAAAUGAAAGGGUUUUAAGUGAACUCUAUAAUAUACCUCCCUUUAGUUAAAUAAUAGACUCAUCUCAGCAUGUAUCUGUUAAUAUUUAUUUAAAUAUUGAUCUCUACCUGUGGAUGGCUAUUCUCCUGUACUAGUCUUCUCUUUCUCUCUAUAAUCCCACCCUAUAUAUUCUGCCUUUUUUUUUUUCUUCCUGUUCUCUUUCUCUUUAUAGACAGACUCUCAUUGCCAGAGUCCAAGAUGUGGGAUACUAUUAGUAUUAUUAGCUGUUCUGUGGAUAAAAAAGGUGGGGGGGUUGCUAUUCUUUAUACUUAAAAUAUUUACUUCCUUUAUAGAAAAGUAAAAUGUGUUUUAUGGUCCCAAAAGCAACUUACAAAUUAAUUUUUGUAACACAACUUUCUUGCGAACUAGGGAUCAGCUUUAAGACACCUUUAACAAGAUCUAGUGGUUUUUGUAGGUGAUUAGCAGUGGUGUUAAUGCAGAAUAUUUUCCUACCUCAUGUCAUGAAAGUUAGAAGGUUAUUGACCUUAUACUUUGCUUUUGCUAUUGGCCUUUUUGACUCUGGAAUGACCAUUGUCCACUGAAUACUGCCCUGGUUAUAGCAGUUCAGUUGUUCACUCAGCAAAUGUUUGGGUGAUUAGCAUGCACCAGGAAUGUCAGCUAUAUGUUAUUCCCUUCCACCACAUGGUAGUUUACUGAUGUUGAGGGAUUGUACUUCAGGCUGUCUAGCACUUGAAUUUGAUCCUAAAAUAUCUCCUCCAAGUAAGAUUGUACAAUUUUAUUCACAGCUUUUAUGCAGACUUAACUAUUCUUAAAGAUCUGUGCUGGUUAAAAUCAGUCUAAGACUUUCCCCUGAAAUCCCUGUUGUCUUCCUAUAGCUUUUAUAAUAUUGAGGAGAUUCCUUGGUCUGAGUUUCAUGGAUACCCACCUUUGUUAUGUCUUUCAGUGGAAUCUAUUUGGCUUCAGAGGUAUGUUGGCUUAGAGUUGUAGAGUAGGGCAUUAAAUGUUUAAGCAAAGGAUCUGCCCACAGCCCCCUUUCAAUCUAGUGCCUUCUUUGAUCUUUUUACUGAGCUGCUUGUGUCUCUAAUCCCCAUUCUUGCGAAGGUUUCUCUUUUAGCCUUCUGUUACCUUUUACCAUCCCUUACUACUGGGGAUUUGUUUUCCAAUCCUUCAGUGGCCUUUGCAGCUAAUUCCAUGUCAUUGAAGGGGUGGAGAUAGGAGACACCUGUCUUUGGAUCCUGAUUUUCAGUGGAUUGUGUGGUCUUCUGAGAGCCAGUCAGUAGUACAGACUGGACUCAGUGCUCUGUAUCAGCCUUUCCUUCAGAGCAGGGAACCACAGAGAUGUCAGAGCUUAGUAUCAAUACCUUAUUAUUCUCCUAAACCCUAACACUUCAAUAUUCAAUCUAAAGUAUUCUAACUUCACCCAAAACAUUUCUAUUACAACGUUGAUCUUAGUCUACAUUAGCAAUCUUUCUUUAGGAAAUGCACAUAAACCACUUAAUUCAUGAAGGAGGGCAGAUGGUGGAACCGGGUUGAGAUUGUAUUUUAACUUUCCUGGUUACGGAUCCUUUGGAUACAAGAAAUAUUCCAGGUAAAAAAAGGAGGAAGUCAGUGAUAAGGAUGCAGAAUAUUUUUAUGGAACCCAGGAUAGGAAGUACAGUUGAUUCUUGCAUGGUCCCUCCUGCUUCAUAGCCUGUUUGCAUGGAUAGCUUCCAAAUAGGCACCCCAGUCCUCAAGUCCAUGUGACCCUCCAGCUCUAGGGAUCACCACAACCACGAACAGAUUCCCAGUUCCUCUUAGUACAUAUUCUUAAGAAAGAAUAAACUCAGCCCAGCAUGUUGAUCAGAUGUCCAUCCCUGACCAUUUGGCCUUCAGGAAGGUGUGGCAAAUGGCAGCAGCAUCAGAGCUAGGGACUUCUACUCCAGUGGUAAAGCUGCUGUUGUCCUGCUUUUUUGAGAGUGGGAUGACAGACAUCAGAAGGUGUCUGGGUCAUUGAGCAAAUCCUUAGAAUCACUUUAAUUCUGCUCACUGUCUUUGUUUCUUCUUUAUUUCUUACUUUUCUUCAUCUUAUGAGUCUUGGCAUCCAAGAUUUUUUUCCUCCCUCUUGAGGGCAUGCUAGUCUGUUCCUAGGUGGCAUUUCUUAGCCACCCUUCAACCUCAGGUCUUCAGCCUUCUUUCAUGUCACUGAGAACAGAUCACAAUUCCACUUAGCUACUAACAGAUCACGAUUCCACUUAGCUACUACCCUUGAAUUUGUGGACUCUUCAGGUUUUAGUGUUGAAUAUCUAUCCAUCCUUUGAGCUCCUGGCUAUCUUGCAUCUCCUCUUCUCCUCUUCCUUGUUGUCCUGUGUGAGGGAGCUCUGCAGUGUUGUUCCUAGGCACCUCAGAAACUGCUUUGCUGGAGCCAAUAAAAAUGGGUGAGAGUUGGGAUGUUUCCAGGAUAUAGAGAUUACAGUGUAGUAUAGAGCUUCUACUGCAAGCUCCUUAGAUAGGAUGUCUGUAUUUCCCUGUCCGAUUGCUUUCCUUUAUAUUAAAGCUCCCCCCCCCUUAAACUAUGCUUCACCUUGCCUGGAUCUAUUGUUUUUCCCAUCCUGAGCCUGUUUUGCAUUAUAAGGCAUUUUAUAUGCCUUGCUUAUAACUUUUUUAAACUACCAGAGUCAUUUGAUAUACACAGAAGUAACCUAAUAAUCCAAAGACAUACAUCAAGGCACAUGGAAGGGUAGGUCACCAGAUUUUGUGUUUGAUAGUCUAGUCUAGGCUCCUAAAUUAAGGAUUAGAGGGACAGUAGUGCCAUGUGCCUUCACAGUGUCCCAGAAAAUCUGGGUUGUUCCAAAGGGAAGAAUCAGUAUUCCUUGGUUCCAGAAAGUAGUAAAAGAAGAAGAGAUGGAGAAAUAAGGACGGAGAGAGCAAACCCUGCACAUUCAUUCAGCGUCAAAUGGAAAGCCCCCAGGCAGAAGAGCCAGCUGUUGACUAACAGACUAACAGCUGUUUGGAGAUCUUGCCACCCCUUUCCCUAGUAUAGUGUUUGAGAAAAAUGUGGCUGACCACUCCCUGUGUUUUACAGAGUCAAGGCUGAAAGCCAGCCUCAGAUCUCCUGAUCUGGCAGCUGAACAAAUUAGCAGAGUUCUGAUCACCUGGCUUUGUAAUCCUGAUUCAGUCCCAAAAGAGAAAGUGAGCGGCAACCCUCCACAUUGCCUUGCACAUGUUUUUUCCUACCCUGAACCGGAUGGAAGGCCAGAGAAGAUGAUUGCUCAGCACUUCUGCAAGCAGCUCCUCAGGCUUUGCACUGCCUCCCUGCACAGGCCCUGAAGUGGGAGUGCUGGGUGCCUGUGUCACUUCUUCCUCCCUGCCUACCUCUGACCCCAUGGUGGGUGAGGGUAGCCAUGCUUAUGGCUGUCUUGAAACUGAAGAGGCAGAGAACUACUUGAGUCUGUAGACCAUGUGUUCUCUCCCCUGGCCUCUCUCUCCUGUCCUGUUGUUGGGGUGAAGGAGCCUAUAGUGCAAUGCCUGUGGAGAGGAGAUGGCUCCUGACCUACCCUGCUCAGUACUGUUUUAGUGUCUUGGCCUUGAAUGACAAGCCCAAUUUCCUGCUGAAACAUGUGGCAGGGCAUGGCAGCUAUGAGGUACCUCCUACAUCUGCUUUCUGGCUGUGGCUACUUGGGAUUUUUAACCUUAUAUAUCUUUUUCCUUUAUUCAAAACAAUUUUUAGCACACUGAAAAAAAAAAAGCCAAACGUUUUGUGCCUUUCUAAGGCAGCACUGUAUCCAAGGCUGCAUUUUAGGACUUAAUAUGGAAAUGCCCGAGUCUGAGCUCCUCUACCUUGAGUAUCCUUAGCCCUAGAGUCCAGGGAAUAGGAAGAGUCUCUCUGUGGCUGGAGAUGUGGCACACAAGAUACAGUAUGCCUGUGGUCCCUUUGCUCUAUCAUGAGGCUUUUUUGGAAGACGGCAGCAUUGUACUUGGGAUCAUUUGUUUGGUUCCAAUCAGCAGCUUAGUUAUCAGAUUGAAUGCUUUGUCUCUUGCAAGAGACAAAAUGUUCCACAAUUUCCAGAUUUACUCUGGACCAUUCCAAGUGCCCCAGCCCCCUGAUCAUAUCAAUGACCCUGUUGCAUAUGGAGAAGUAUAGGGUGGAUUCUCCUGAAAGGGGGAGGCAGUUCUUUUUUUUUUUUUUUUUCCUUUUUUGCUGGAUCCUGAGCCAGCCUAGACCUCCUGCUUCUUCCUCAGACUUGGCUUUCCUUUCAUUUGAAGUCUUUAAAUUUAAAAGCAUUAAGUAGCUAGUGCCCUCUACAAGGUCUGCUUUUCCCCAGAGUAGGGCAGCAAGGAAUAUGUACCAGAAUCGGUAUUAUUAUCGUAAUAGGUUUCAGCAGGAGGAAGUUUUCUAUAUAGUGACAUUUUACUUAUUGUUUCCUCAAUUCUUCCCUGCCUUUAACUAAUAAAGAAUUGGGAGAUAGAAACAAUUCUUUAUAAAAUCCUCCUUAUUCAAGAUUUUGAAAUUCUUGACCUGGGUGGGGCUGGAGAGAACUUGAUGUUUUCUCUAGAAUGAAGAGUCCCAAUUUGUAUAUCAGUGUUAAGAAAACAAAACAGACACUUAGGUAAGAUUUUUGUGGACUAUUUUAAAAAUGUGUCAUUAAUAUAAAAAAAUUAUAUUAGCAGUAUUUAAUCAUCCUCACCUGUAAAGAACAAGAAAAAACAGAAGGUAAAUAUUCUUACAGAGAAUAGCAGAGCUUUAAGAUUCAUUUUCAUUUUAAGUCCAUUGUUUUGCCAAUGUAUUAAUGUUUAGAGGUCUGUUAUACUAAUGUUAUUUAUUAAUUUUUUUUUCAUUUCCAUACACAGUUAACUAAAGAGCUUUUCAAGCACCCAUGUCUGUAAAAGAAGUAUUUUUAAAUAAAGUUUCUUUUGUUGUAGCAGA